AUGUCGCAAAACCGCCCGACAGCGGCUUUCAAUACUCUCAAAAUGGGAGGUGAGACAGAUUUGCCAAGCCCCGUUCGAGGAAUUGAAAAGACCAUACUGAAGGAGAACCUUCUAGACUCCGUCACGGAACAAGUCCAGGACGGCAUCACCGGCGAGACGAGGGAGCUCAAGUACACGCAGUGCAAGAUCGUCGGCAAUGGCUCGUUCGGCGUCGUCUUCCAGACGAAGCUGUCGCCCUCAGGCGAGGAUGCUGCCAUCAAGCGUGUCCUCCAAGACAAGAGGUUCAAGGCAAGUUUCAUUAACCGAGAGCUCCAGAUCAUGCGCAUCGUCCGGCACCCCAACAUCGUGCAGCUGAAGGCUUUCUACUACUCCAACGGCGAGCGCAAGGACGAGGUCUACCUGAACCUGGUGCAGGAAUUCGUACCCGAGACUGUCUAUCGAGCCUCACGCUUUUUCAACAAGAUGAAGUCGACCAUGCCAAUUCUCGAAGUCAAACUGUACAUCUACCAGCUGUUCCGAGCUUUAGCUUAUAUCCACUCGCAGGGCAUCUGCCACCGCGAUAUCAAGCCCCAAAAUCUGCUCCUAGACCCCAACACUGGGAUACUCAAGCUGUGCGACUUCGGCAGCGCCAAGAUACUGGUUGAGAAUGAGCCCAAUGUUUCAUACAUCUGCUCUAGGUACUACAGAGCACCAGAACUCAUCUUUGGUGCCACCAACUACACGACCAAGAUUGAUGUCUGGUCGACCGGCUGUGUCAUGGCGGAACUGAUGCUGGGACAACCACUAUUUCCUGGAGAAUCUGGCAUCGACCAACUGGUGGAGAUCAUAAAAGUGCUCGGAACCCCUACGCGAGAACAGAUCAGGACCAUGAACCCCAACUACAUGGAGCACAAGUUUCCGCAAAUCAAGCCCCACCCGUUCAAUAAGGUGUUCCGGAGGGCCGAUCAGAGUGCUUUGGAAUUGAUAGCCAAGUUGCUAGAAUACACGCCUACUGAGCGUCUCGGCGCCAUCGACGCCAUGGUUCACCCUUUCUUCGAUGAGCUGCGUGACCCGAACACGAAGCUCCCGGAUUCGCGGCACCAGAGUGGACACUUCAAGGACCUGCCCACGCUCUUCGACUUCACCAGACACGAAUUGUCCAUCGCGCCGCAGCUGAACUCGAAGUUGGUACCAAGCCACAUGAAGCCGAUAUUGGCGUCUCGCAAUCUCGAUAUCGACAACUUCUUGCCCAUGUCGAAGCAAGAGAUGAUGGCCAAACUGGACUGA